ACUCCUCAGUCUUAAGAGGCUUCCUCGCUGGGCUGGGCAAGGAUGUGGCCUGAAACUGUCUAGAUCUUUCCUGAGAGAGCAGAGGCCACUUGUCCUUCGCCACCCUGAGUCCUCUGUUAUCACCAGGCUGCAGAGGUCAGACCAGGCUAAGGGCCUGGGGAUGCCCCCCUGCCUGGCCCCCUUGCCUGAAUUUGGCAGGGGGGCCGGGCUGGGCCAGGCAGCAGCCCCCCUUCUCACCCCAGCCAUGGAUCUCCUACCCCCCAAGCCGAAGUACAACCCACUUCGAAAUGAGUCUCUGUCAUCGCUGGAGGAGGGGGCUUCAGGGUCUACCCCCACAGAAGAGCUGCCUUCCCCGUCAGCCUCAUCCCUGGGACCCAUUCUGCCUCCUCUGCCGGGGGACGACAGUCCGACUACUCUGUGUUCCUUCUUUCCCCGGAUGAGCAACCUCAAGCUGGCCAAUCCUGGGGGGCGCCUGGGGCCUAAGGGGGAGCCAGGAAAGGCUGCUGAAGAUGGGGAUGGGAACGCAGGGGCAGCCCUUCGGGACUCAGGCCUCUUGCCCCUCCUCCAGGACAUGAACAAGCUGAGUGGAGGCGGCGGGCGCAGGACUCGGGUAGAAGGGGGCCAGCUGGGGGGCGAGGAGUGGACCAGACACGGGAGCUUUGUCAAUAAGCCCACACGAGGCUGGCUGCAUCCCAACGACAAAGUCAUGGGACCUGGGGUUUCCUACUUGGUUCGGUACAUGGGCUGUGUGGAGGUCCUGCAGUCAAUGCGAGCCCUUGACUUCAAUACCCGGACCCAGGUCACCAGGGAGGCCAUCAGUUUGGUGUGUGAAGCCGUGCCUGGUGCCAAAGGAGCGACAAGGAGGAGAAAGCCCUGUAGCCGCCCACUCAGCUCUAUCCUGGGGAGGAGUAACCUGAAGUUUGCUGGAAUGCCAAUCACUCUCACUGUGUCCACCAGCAGCCUUAACCUCAUGGCAGCAGACUGCAAACAGAUCAUUGCCAACCAUCACAUGCAGUCUAUCUCAUUCGCGUCUGGUGGGGAUCCGGACACAGCUGAGUAUGUUGCCUAUGUUGCCAAAGAUCCCGUAAAUCAGAGAGCCUGCCAUAUCCUGGAGUGUCCUGAAGGGCUUGCUCAGGAUGUCAUCAGCACCAUCGGUCAGGCCUUUGAGUUACGCUUCAAACAGUAUCUCAGGAAUCCACCUAAGCUGGUCACCCCCCAUGACAGGAUGGCUGGCUUUGAUGGCUCAGCUUGGGAUGAGGAGGAAGAAGAGCCACCUGACCAUCAGUACUAUAAUGACUUCCCAGGGAAGGAACCCCCUCUUGGUGGGGUGGUAGACAUGAGGCUUCGAGAAGGGGCUUCCCGACCCACUCUGCCCACUGCUCAGAUGUCCAGCCACUUGGGAGCUACACUGCCUAUAGGGCAACAUGCUGCAGGAGACCCUGAAGUUCGUAAACAGAUGCUGCCUCCACCACCUUGCCCAGGCAGAGAACUCUUCGAUGACCCUUCCUAUGUCAAUAUCCAGAAUCUAGACAAGGCCCGGCAAGCUGGGGGUGGGGCUGGGCCUCCCAAUCCUUCUGUUAAUGGCAGUGCACCCCGAGACCUCUUUGACAUGAAGCCCUUUGAAGAUGCCCUUCGGGUACCUCCACCUCCUCAGACCAUGUCCAUGGCUGAGCAGCUCCAGGGGGAGUCCUGGUUCCAUGGGAAGCUGAGCCGGCGGGAGGCUGAAGCACUGCUGCAGCUCAAUGGUGACUUCCUGGUUCGAGAGAGCACAACCACACCUGGCCAAUAUGUCCUCACUGGCCUGCAGAGCGGGCAGCCCAAGCACCUGCUUCUGGUGGAUCCUGAAGGUGUGGUUCGUACAAAGGAUCACCGUUUUGAGAGUGUCAGCCACCUCAUUAGCUACCACAUGGACAAUCACUUGCCCAUCAUCUCCGCGGGCAGCGAACUGUGUCUACAGCAACCUGUGGAUCGGAAAGCGUGAUCCUCAGUCUCCAUCCCUUUCUACCGUGUUCUCUAACUCCUGGGACCUCUGCUCUGUGGGGCUGGCCUUGGGUGGGAGCUGGAAGCAGUGUGGACACUGGGUUUAGUGCCCACCUGAGAGAGGUUUUAGUUAGGAACCUGGGGUAGCAUCCUGCUUCUGCCUAACGUUCACCAAAGUAUUAAUGUACAGAGUGGCCCCUUGCCUGGGCCUUGUCUGUGCCAACCUGAUGCCCUUUCCCUCAAAGGGUAGGUUCUUACUAUGGAAAAUGCGCUGCGGCCAUGGGCCCAGUGGAGCAAUUGCCCUUUGUGGGAAGGGAAAUAAUCAUACCUCUGGUUUCCCCCUGAUCUUCAGGGUACCCCAGAUCCCUCUAACAUCCUAUUCCCUGUGCAUCCCCUUACAACUUUGUGCCUUUGACUGUCUCCUAGGUCUGUAGAUACUCUCUGCAGAGUUCUCAGGCCCUUCAAUGUGGAUAGGGGUUGCUGACACCUUGGCUUCUGGAACCCUGUCAUGCUCAGCACCCCUCUUUGUGUUUGGGAAGAAUGGGGGCAGGAGUGGCAGCUAUCUCCUCUGCCUUUUGGUUGUGCAGCCCUUAAGAGAGUGCCCCAAGCCGGGCUUGGUGGCACAUGCCUUUAAUCACAGCACUCAGGAGGCAGAGACCAGAAUUUGUGAGGCCAGGCUGGUCUACAACAGAGUGAGUUCCAGGACAGCCAGAGCUAUUUUUAGAGAGGCCCUGACUCCAAAAACCAAAGAGAGAGAUAGCCUCAGAGCCCCCUCCUGCUGGGGGAGGGAGGAGGAGCAGGAUUGGACCCCUGCCUUGCUCAGUGUCUCCUGGCUUUGAUCCCUCUCCUCCAAGGGGUCUAUACAUUUCUUAAGUCUGCCCCUGCCACGUUUGCAUGUGUGUUAUAGUCUACAGCCAAAGCAUAGCCCUUCUUCCUGCAACCCCAUCCAGUUUCCCACUUUUGGGAUGGGUGUCUAUGACUGACAUGUGCCUCCAGCAUGUGUACAGUUAAUCUCAAGGUGGGUUUUGCAGAGGCAUUGAGACCGAAGCAGUGGACAAUCCCCAAUACCAUUUGUAGUUCUGGAACUGCAAUAUUUUUGUUGUUGUUGUUAACAUACAUUUUAGGGCUGUAGAUUUAUUUUCCUGGUUUUGUUUCUGUUGCAUUUGAGCACAAAUUAUGAUAGUCGAUCAGAUCACAUUUAUAUAUCACCUCGUUAAGUUUUCCAAACUUUUUUUUUUUUUUUUUUUUUUUUAACACACCUGUUGGAAUUUUACUCUCUCUGACGUAAAAAUAACUAGGACACGAUUCGUUUUUCUUCUUCCUCAAGAGACCUGGGCAGAAGUUUGGUUAAACAGUGUUGUGAGGUCAUGAUGUGAAAGCUUAUUUCAGAUCCUACUACCUUCUGCUUGCAGGCCAGACCCAUGAAAGCCUUGGAAGCUCACCUGUAGGCCCUGUGAACAAGGGGUGGGUUAAGACUGAUUUUCUGUCUUGGCCGUCGCCUAUUUUUGGUUUGGAUAUCUUAUACCAAAGGGAAAUAGCCUUCAUUAAAGUCCGUAUUUCUUCUA